CAGCAGGGGGCGCUGGUUGUGAGAUUACCCUGUCCAUGUCUGCCCCUCAUGAAGACAGCUAGCCUGCUAGCUAACAACAACACAAGAUCCCGGUCGACCACCGUUAUAAUUAAACCCAACACAAAGGGGGCAAACUGCUUCCAUCUGGCCUGUGCGGAUGCAGAUGGACGUCAGGACAACACGUUGACGAGUGGAAGUGACGGAUUCAUCCCCCUCACCCUCUUGCCCCCACACCUUCUGUCACGCUGGCAAUGUCAAGAGUCCCGAGUCCCCCUCCCCCUGCGGAAAUGUCCAGCGGGCCAGUGGCCGAGAGCUGGUGCUACACACAGAUCAAAGUGGUGAAGUUCUCUUACAUGUGGACCAUAAACAACUUCAGCUUCUGUCGUGAGGAGAUGGGUGAGGUCAUCAAGAGCUCCACCUUCUCUUCAGGGGCCAAUGACAAGCUGAAAUGGUGUUUGCGAGUGAAUCCCAAGGGCCUAGAUGAGGAGAGUAAAGACUACCUGUCUCUCUACCUGCUGCUGGUCAGCUGUCCGAAGGCCGAGGUGCGCGCCAAGUUCAAGUUCUCCAUCCUCAACGCCAAGGGAGAGGAGACCAAAGCCAUGGAAAGCCAGAGAGCAUAUCGCUUCGUCCAGGGGAAGGACUGGGGCUUUAAAAAGUUCAUCCGGAGAGACUUCCUCCUCGAUGAGGCCAACGGUCUUCUACCUGACGACAAGCUCACGCUCUUCUGUGAGGUGAGUGUAGUGCAAGACUCAGUCAACAUAUCCGGUCAGAACACCAUGAACAUGGUGAAGGUGCCUGACUGCCGGCUAGCAGACGAGCUGGGGGGGCUGUGGGAGAACUCGCGUUUCACAGACUGUUCCCUUUGUGUGGCCGGUCAGGAGUUUCAGGCCCACAAAGCCAUCCUGGCAGCCCGCUCCCCUGUAUUCAGCGCCAUGUUUGAGCACGAGAUGGAGGAGAGCAAAAAGAACCGCGUGGAGAUCAACGACGUGGAGCCCGAGGUGUUUAAAGAGAUGAUGUGCUUCAUCUACACAGACAAGGCUCCCAACCUAGACAAGAUGGCUGACGACUUGCUGGCAGCAGCUGACAAGUAUGCUCUGGAGAGACUGAAGGUCAUGUGCGAGGACGCUCUGUGCACCAGUCUGUCUGUGGAAAACGCUGCUGAGAUCCUCAUCCUGGCCGACCUGCACAGCGCCGACCAGCUCAAAACACAGGCCGUCGACUUCAUCAACUACCACGCCGCCGAGGUGAUGGAGACCGCCGGUUGGAAGUCCAUGGUCGCGUCUCAUCCUCACCUGGUGGCCGAGGCAUACCGCUCCCUGGCGUCCGCUCAGUGCCCUUUCCUCGGACCCCCCCGCAAGCGCCUCAAACAAUCCUAACAGCCUCACAGCAAGGCGUCAACAUACUCAUACGCACCAACACACAUACACAGAGACCCCCCCUCUCAAACACACAGGGACAAACCUUCCCAUCGCUGUUACCUACUACACUACCUACAGCCUUCCCCAAAUCUCCCCCUUCUGCCCCAUCCAAACCUGCUGUAUUUAGUCUCUUCUAAAGAUGGAGGGAAGAAGAAGAAGAGGGAGGAGGAGGAGGAGGAAGAGAGGGACAGGUGGGCUUGUGAAGUUGAUGUUUGUCGUUUACAAAAGAACCACAACAACCUUCCCUUUUCUCCUCGGCUCUGGCAUAGUGAGAUCUGAUGUUGUGCUCUUUUCCACGUGUGAAAAUGAAAUCCUUUGACGUCCUGCUAGUUCCUACUUUCGAAUCCGAUCAGAAGGACGAACUGGACAGGAGAACCCAGCGAAGAGACGAGUGUCUGGACAUUUCAAAGGCUCAAAGGAAAAGUGCAGAUAAAUUAAGUCUAAACUGUCGACUUUAAUCAUCAGGCUUCUUUUCCCGCAGCUCUUAGAGUUUGGAGUUUAGCAAGUGGAGAACCCCUGACUUUAAGGACAUAUGGGUCCAUGAGGGACUGAAGAAGAAGACGUGGGCCUGUUGGUUACAAACUAGAAGCCCCCCCCACCCCCGAGAAAGACAACCAAGGGCUAGUCACAAAGAAGCAGAAAAUGGGACAAAAAUCAAAAUCAUUUUCCUAAAUGACGUUGGGAAAACAUUGCACUAAAGUCACAGGUUACACCUUGUCAACCCUUACCAGCAGUAAUGUAGAAAUACUGUCGGCAAGCACACAUUGAAGCAAGCUUCAUGGACUCAAGACGCAGCUGGACCACCAAGAACAAGUUCCCUUUAAGAAGAUUUAUCAGCAAGUGACAAAAACAACACAGACACUCCCAUACAGAACUCUCCAAGCUUCAUCUGCGUCCGUUUUCAUUUAAAAAAACAAACAGAAAUAAAAGCCAGUGAUGAGAGGAUACAGGAAAAACAGCAACGCACAACUGGAUGUCAUUCUUGGGGGAACAGUAUUUUGUGUGUGGAUCUGUCUUUGUAGCCCUUGAGAGAAAAUGCAAUCCAAGAUGUCGUCAGACAAACAAGUGGUGGAGAAAUUAAAUGUCCAGAAAUAGUCAAAAAACAACAUUAGGAUUCAGUCGGGCAUGUUAAUGUUCUUUAAUGACAAAUUCCUUAUUUGUUCUUUUUCCCCUCAGAAGUGUCAUUUCUAUUUUUUUCAUAGGAAUUUGUACAGACACUAGUGUUUUUGAAGCUGUGUAAAACAAAAAGCAUUUUGGAACAUGAAAUUGAGAGAGAGAGAGAGAGAGAAGUGGACGAGUGUUUUCUUUGCAGGCAUGAAGACUGAGGGGGAAGUGAAAUUGAAUUGAACACGUUUUAAUGUUCAGAAAAGACAGAAUGUGAAACAAUGGAGAACCACAUGAAAUACAUUUGAAGUUAUCAUUUGAAACCUGGUGGGAAAUGGUAAAUCAAAAGAAGGAACCAUGGUUGUUUCUUUCCUGUAGAUAUCGCUGGUCAUGAGAAGUGACACUUAGUUGUUGCCAUUUUUUGUUCCCAAAAAAAAUAAACCACAACUAUUUUGUAUUGACUGCAAUGCAAA